UGAAUCUUCCCGAGUUAUUCAAAUACAUCAGUGAAGACCAUCAAGAAAAUGUGACUCUGAACGUAGAACUUUCACCUGAGUGGUAGGACCUCAACUGUAUAAAAUACACACCUACGGGUUGAGCGUGACUCACCGUGAAUCACGAAAGUGUCGCAAUCGGGCUCAGAAAAAACACGCUAGCGGCUUAACAUUUGAACUCGUUAGCAAUACAAGAACUAUUGUUCUUCCAUGAGUGUCGGUACCUGUUUCAAUUUGCCGGUCGGUUUCGCGAUGGAUCGCCAAUAUCAGGCGGCAGGCGGAGGUCACAAUUUCUACAACGCGGAAGAAUCAGCCAGGUCCACACUUUGGGAUUUGGAUAGCUCUGCGUUGAUCGUUCCACCACUCGUACCGUCUUAUUUCAAUCCGUCCUCUGACAUCCGCCCACAAGCUGUUUCAAGUGACACGAUGCGUCGGGAAAUCUCGGAAGAGAGCGGCUAUCAAACGGCUUUUGAUGAAGGAUCAUCAUCGUGGGCGUCCGAUUGGCCAACUCAUGAGGACCAUCAAAUCGACAGCUACAAUCAUCAGAGUUGGUCUGCGGGUUUUCCAGCACAAGACAGUCAACCCACGAGCGACGAAAUGUGUUGGUUUCAACAGCAACAAUCGCUGUCCACCUGGGGAGGAGGAUUCCCCGAAGUUUUCAACGCGGCCACGUCAGCGGUUCCUAAUCAAACAGAAAACUACCUUAAUACAACAACGUAUUCUAUGGCCGGUAGAAGUGAAAGCACUUCGUCAGAGGAAUCGACUCUCAACGAUGUUUCUGUUCCCUCAGACCCGAGUACGUGGAACGAAGAACAGGUGGCCACCUGGCUGCGAUGGUCGCAGAAGAAAUUAAAAAUCGGACCAGAAUCGACGGAUCCAACGAGAUUUCCCACCAAUGGCCGGCUUCUUUGUACGUGGACUGUAGACAAUUUUAUUCAAGUGGCAGGAUCUGAAGCUGGACCACUUCUAGCGGCCGCCCUUUUCUGGCUGAAACGACCACAUCUGCAAUCAAACAAUGGAGAGGGUGCAGAGGUGCUGGAGACGAUCCGGGUCCAACCACAAUCAACCCAAGAGUUGACUUCACAAUCGAACUGCAUGUCUUUCACGCAUACCACAGCCAACGAAUCGCCAUCGGCUACGGCCAUGUCCGCAUCGCCGUCGGCAUCCGCAACCCAUCCGUCUUGGUGGAUUCAGGAUUUCCUGCACACAACUCUGGGAAUCGCCCGCAGAAAAAAGGGUUCACCCGAUUCACCUGACAUCAAUAAAGACGGAAGCAAAUCCGUACAAGAUCCGGAUCCGGCUUCCACAUCCGGGCAAAUCCAGUUGUGGCAGUUUCUACUGGAAUUAUUGGCCGAUCCUCAAUCGAACGCGGCCUGGAUUACUUGGGAAGGUAGCCAUGGUGAAUUCAAACUACUCGAUCCUGAUGAAGUUGCUCGGCAAUGGGGAAACCGUAAAGCCAAGCCCAAUAUGAACUACGACAAACUAAGUCGUGCCCUAAGAUAUUAUUAUGAUAAAAACAUAAUGAGCAAAGUGACUGGAAAGCGUUAUACGUACAAAUUUGACUUUCACGGCUUAAUGCAAGCCUGUCAACAAUUGACGACAGUGACUAGCGCCGAAACAUUGGCCAUGUCUUCGUCUACCAGCUUGCAUUUGGCUUACAUCCAUCGCGGUGGACAAGUACCUCCUCUAGUGCCUAGUAGUUCUAUGGUGCAGGAUAGCGAAAGUGUUCAUUCGUCUCAAUAUCGAUCCCCUCCACCUUAUUGGCUAACAAAUCCGUCAACAUCCGCAUCACCGACACGAUGGAAUGCACAGUCGGAUGUUGUGCUGCAACCGUCACCGCAGUUGAUCUCGGCGGCCAGUUCUCCUUCUUCGUCUGUCACAUCGCAGUGUUCGAUUCUCUAUCACAAGUAGUCAAACAUGCCAGUCUUCAGCCAUACUCGCACACCAAAAGAAUUCACAGCAGAGAGAAUACAUCAUUAUUUCAAUCGUUGCAUUUUUCUCCAUACCAUCAUUCCAAACGUAAGUAUUAAAAUUCGAAAUGAAUUUAAUAAUGCAUUACCUACACCGAGUUAAAUGUUUAUCCCAACUCAAGAGGUCUUGAAUCUCCGGAUCCAUUUCCCUUUUUUUUCUAAUAUCCUUUUCAUGUAAAGACAAAUUUGCCAAUGUUCGGAAUACUCCAUUUGUUCGCCACAUUAUUUCAUGCCUGAAAAUGAGAAAGGUGGUGAAAACACAAAGAAAAAAUCUGGGUCUCAAACAAAAAUUUCUGUUCCAGCAAAUAUUUAAUGAUUGAUCAGAUAAAAAUAAAAUACCUCAAAGAUGA